AUGGGGACGUCGAGGGCAGCAGAGGGUCUCUUGGUUGCCUUGCUGGCUGUCUGCUGUCUUCCAAUAUCGACAUUCGCUCUCUGUCUCAAUUAUCUGUACCUGACCCUCUUCCGACGCAAUCCGGUGCACCAACGACUCAGAAAUGUGGCCGGCUUCAGGCCCAAGACCAUUCUUAUUACUGGAGUCAGCACGCCCCAUGGAUUGAAACUGGCAAGAGCUUUUCAUUAUACCGGUCACAGAGUUGUGGGUGCGGAUUACGAGCCUGGGGCGCUCCCGCUUCAUGUUCGGUUUUCGAAUGCGUUGAGCCAAUUCCACAGAUUGCCAGGUGAGACGGUGGAGUGCCAGGAGGACGGAUACGUGGCCCGUGUCGUGCACAUGAUCGAGCAUGAGGAUGCCGACCUGUGGAUCAACUGCUCAAACAGCGCAAUCCACGGCCUGGAGGCGCAGGCAAGAGAUGCGGUCGAACAGCAUACCAGGUGUCAAUGCUUCGCGCUGCGGACGAAAAACAUGCCCUACUUUGCCAGCCGAGAGGUAUUUCUCAAGUACUUGGCCAGCCAGGGACUGCCUGUCCCCGAGUCAUAUCAAGUCACUUCACGAGCUGAGAUACACAGAGUGCUAAGUAAAGCACGAGGAAGCCGCAGAUACCUUCUCGAGAGCAUGGACCAAAAGGGAGUCAAUGCCAACACGGCCAGAACGAUGCUUCCGAGCAGGACCAUGAGUCAGACGUAUGACGCCGUCGCCCGUAUAACCAUCGCCAACACUACGCCUUGGAAACUAGAACAGGACAUCAACGGACUGGAAAGAUAUUCCACAUUUGCGAUUAUUAUCAAAGGGUCGGUCAGGGCUUUCGUCGCCAGUCGUUCGGUACGACCUGGCUGCUACCAAGCGUUGGAUUCGAAGUCCGCUCUGCAUCGUUCCAUGUUAGGCUUCAUUCACACGUUCGCACGCAAACAAGGCACCGAGUUCACCACUCAUCUUGGCUUCGACUUCUGCGUCGAUGAGCAAGCUUCCGAAUCAGGCGUGUUCCAAUCUAUCCUGCCUAUUCAAGUCUCCGUUGGCGCUAACGCCGCUACGCAGCUGUUCUACGGCAUGGGUGGCUCAAUCUCAUUGGCGAGAGCCUAUCUAUCGCUCUUCGCCGCUGAGGAGGUCAACGCCAACGGAAGAAUAACGAGGCCCACGCCAGCCAUCAUACAACAAGAACCGCUACCCGACGAUGCAGCCAUUCCCGAUACGAGGAUGCCUGGAAUCUAUGACUUCGGCCAGGAUCUGCUCGACCUGUGCUUCGAGCCAUUGCGGGACUUCUUGAUGUUCAGGAGCAGUGUGAUUGAGUUUACGAGACACAUAUUUGAGUUUCUCACCCACUUGAUGCUCUGGGAAGAGAAAACAUACGACUUCCAGGACCCUCUGCCCUUCUGGGUGGCUUACCAAGUGUAUAUUCCAUUGCGCCUUAUCAAAAGUUCCCUAUUUUCAGACAACAUCCGGUCCAGGUGA